GUGGCGUUUGGGCGCGGUGUUUGUUACACAGCGCAGUCUGAGGAGGGAGCAGUGUCGGAGUGCAGUGCGCCAUGAAGAGCUCGGGCGGGGCUUGCAGCCUCCUGCUGCUGACGAUGGCGGCAGUGUGCAGCGGCCGCAACGCCACAGAAUACUUCCAGCAGGCGAGAUUCCAGCACAUUCCCUCCAGGCCCGAGGACGCCCUCAUCUUCUUCACGGCCGCUGCUCCGCCCCUCAUUUGCGAGCUGGAGAUGGAUGGCGACUGGGCAGGGGGAGACCGUUUGAAAGCCGACCUCAUUCUCAAAUUGGCAUACGCCAGGUCGUUCUACACGUGUUCGUUCGAAAGAAAUGCUACAUCACACGCUGAUUUGAAAUUGAUACUUAAACGUCUACCACGAGUUUUCGUUUCCGAAGGGGAGCGUAAAUUAGUCUAUAUCAGCAGCGAAGUCAGAUGCACUACCGAUUCACAGCUGCCAGAGGAAUAUUUCCAUGUGAGAAUACAGCGCCCUAAUGAGGAAGGUCAAGUGAAAUGUCGUUUCCGUAGCCUGGACGAAAAGUUGUACGUCAGGUUUCCAGGGUACCCCACCAUUAUAUGCCAAGUAAAUUAUCCUAACUGGCAGUAUCGUUUUAAGCUGCUAGGUAUUGUUGGCGACUGGCUGGAAUGUGCAUUCCAGGUGUACUCAGACCUGGACACAAAUGACAAGCACUCAGAGAAACUGCUCCAUCAUUCCUUGGUCAGCGGUCUCCCUACUCGUGCAGAUGGCAGACUUUCAAAUGUCGUAUGCUCGCGCCAUUCAAGUCUUUAUGGAACCGGCCAUUUUCAAGUAAGACUGCCGGGUAGCACAAUUUACGACUGCAGUUUCUCAAACACUACGAGCCACUCCUGAUCAUCUGGAACAACACAUGUGAGGAAGACUGACGUCUCGUUUCCACGUUUCAGUAGAAGAAUUCUGAUGAUUAAUCAGAAAAAUUCAUGUACUGUAAAAACUGUCAGCCAACAAACAUAAAUUCGUGUAUCGUGACAAACUCAUAAGUGGCAAACACCUUUUUUGUGAAAGAAUAAAUAUC